AUGAGCAAUCGCUCAGAAUGGGACGUGUUGAAGCAACAUCAUCGGUUCGUGCGGGAUGAUGAAGAGCCCGCCGAUGUGAGCUGGGAGGAACGCUUGGCUCGUGCAUACGAGAGCAAGCUGUUCAAAGAGUUUGCCCUUAUCGACCUGAAGCACUUCAAGAGCAAGCGCCUCGCACUGCGAUGGCGCACCGCAACCGAGGUCGUCGAGGGACUUGGCGAGGAGACCUGUGGCUCACUCCGCUGUCCAUACCACCCCAGUGGGAGCGAAAUGGUGGAGCUCCGGGCAUUUGAGUUGCCGUUCGCUCCGCCUGUGCCCCAAGUGCGCGAAGAAGCUCACAUGGAAACCUGA